CUGUGGACAAAGCAACGAUGUGCGCCAUGACAUUUGAGGGCGUGUGUUGCAUCCUUCAGAGGUAUAUAAAGACCUCCACCACCACCUCUCAUCGCAUUUGGUCUCCACACGCUUCAACACCAUGAGGAUCAUUGUGUGUGUGCUUCUCGCAGCUACUGCUUCAGCUUUUCCGCAAUCAGAACCUGGAACUCCUGCCCAGGAACCUGCUGCCCUCUCUGCUGAUCCCACACCUGCUGCUGCUCCUGCAGCCGGUGCCGCUGCAGCUGCUGCUCCCGCUGCUGCUACUCCUGUGGGUGGACGCGCUCCAGUACAGAACUAUGGGCCAAAUUUCUUCGGCCCAGGACUCAAUAACCCGUUGGCCAUCCCACUGAAUCCUCUGGUAGCUCAACAAGCACAGAGAAUCUCCGCUACCAAUCCCAACAUCAGAGUGUUCGUUGAUGUUGAUGGCUCCGCACACUUCACCGACCAAUUCGGCCGAGAAGUUGAAGAGAUACUGGAUGAAUUCGGCCGCGACGUCAGUGAACUUCUAGACGUACAGGAACAACAGGAGCAGCUUGCUCGUGCCCGGGAACAGGAACUGAAGCGUCGUCGUCAACUGCUAGAUCAACAACUACUCCAUGAGUUCAACACCAACCCUGCAGCCUUCAACCCAGCUGCUGGUGCAGCUCAACCCGUCCCCACAGCCUAGCAACAUACUGUCCGAACACCUCACACACCAAGGUCGUAGCUACUACCUAAAGGAGCCAGUCUUCGCUUUUCCGUCUUCCCCCACAUAAGCUGCACUUGUUGGUAUGCAACUAAUAAUCCAGGUCACACGGCGCUGCUUGGUUCUCGCUUUGUCCUAAAGGUCAUUUGAUUCUCCUUGUACAUUGCAUCUUCCCUUUGCAUAUUCCCCAAAUCGUUAAAAAUAUUUGCAAAUGACCUAGGCUAGUUUAUUGCGCAUUCCGUCUUAAUUUUGUAUAUUAUUUCUUGAUUUUGCUUACAGCCCAUGAGCCUGCCUACUUUUUCUUCCACUGAUGUUCCAUGACUCUAAAAAUCUCGAUGUAUCGCGAAAAUAACAUGUAAGUAAUAGGGAAGGCUCAUACUACCGUCCAUUUGCAAGAACGCGAGUUCGACUCCCGGUACUCCUUACACUGAUGCUUCGUCACGUGAUUCUCUGUCUCUGACAGUUGUUCUUCCUUCUCUAAAACCUGCUUCUUCCACCUCCAUAACCUGUUCCUUCUCUGUGACUUCCACUCACCAUAUUUCCACCAACUUGCGGAACAGUUAAAAUAAACACGAGUCCAGGACCCAGCAUAGCAUCCCUAUUGUAGAUGAAUGGUUCAGAGAACCGACACGUUGAUAAAUUAGACACAUGUACAACUCUUGGGUAUCUUUAUUGAGGAUAAAGAUACCCAAGAGUUGCACAUGUGUCUAAUUUAUCAUAGCAUCCCUAUGUUCCAUUACAAUUGCAAUCCCAAUACCUAUUUUUCUUGCUCUGCUCGGCCAUACAACGAAGCUCCACAUCAUCAGUCGUUAUACGUAGCACGAUUCAUCAGUGCUCUGGACAAUUACAUAUUAAUAAACAAAAGUAUUUAGAUAUGAUAUUAUUUCGACAUUUAUAUGUGUAACUUAUUUAAUAAAGGAAAUACACAAACAAACGAGUAGCAUU